UCCGACACGCUGGAUUUUGACCAUAUUAGAUAGCAUUCUACCACCAAGACAAACACACUCAACAUUAUACAAUUGGUUCAAACCCCUGAAAUCGAUUGUCAAGAUGGGUUUCUUCGACACCUGGAGCGAUCUUGUAUCGGCUGCUAAACCAUGGAGCGAGGCUGAAGCUGAGGCGGUUUCUGGAGGGUCGAGUACCACGAAGACUCCAGCACAGAAGCAUGAAGAAGGAGAGGGAGAGGCAGCGGUACGUUUGCUUUUGCUUUUGCCUUUGUGUUGGGUUUGAGUUAGAUGCGGGUUUGGGAGUGGAGGGAGACUGAGGGUAGAUAAGAUUGGAGGGGCAUGAGAUACUUUCUGGAUGUGUGCGGGGGCUCGGGAUACAUUUGGCUGCAUGGAGGAUGCUCGAAAAACACCAUACAAACUUGAUUCCAUAUGUGCUAACGUGAGUCUACUUUUAGGAUCCAUCCGGACCCACUCCAGACAAGAGGGCAGCUAAGGCCGCUGAGGAAGAAGAACCAAAGGAUGAGGAGCCCGAGGCGGAGGAGGAAGAAGAAGAGGAAGAAGAAGAUGAGGAGGAGAUGGUUGAUCCAAAAGAUAAGCUUGAGGAGGGUAAGUUACUACCUUUUACACUGGCAUAAAUUUUAAGCAGAGCUGUGAAAUCACUAUGCAGGAACCUUUGGGAUUUCCUAAAGCUGCUUCAGGUCUACAAGUACUUUGUUAUGAGGAUAGAGGCUAAUAGCCUGCAGAAUGCAAGGAAUCAACAGCUUGUGCUCCUUCUAAGCACCACUAUGAUGAGUGUGUUGAGCGAGUUACAGGUGGUAAGGAACAAGUCCCUGGUGAGGACUGUGUUGAAGAGUGUAUGUACCCUACGUCCCACACUAUCAUUUGGAUACUGAUAAAUAUAACUAGUCUUCCAUCUCGCACACUGCGCUACCGCCUGUGCUGCUCCCAAGCUCUGGAACGUCCUCAAGUAAACUAUUAGAGCUUACCAUAUCACGGAAUUACGCACUCAACUGGACAAGAACUUUUUAGAUGAAUGGAGAGGGUUGAGAGGAAAUGUUGGAGGAUGGUAGUAUUGUACAAAUAUGAAACCAAAAUCCUUUUUUGAGCACUGCAUUGCAUACAGAUCAGAUCUUCCUUUUUUCCAUGAGCGCACUGCAUGUAGUAUAGAAAGGAAUCGAUAUAGAAAAAUGACUUUGGUUC